UUUUGUUUACUCCAUUAACCAGACUCUGGUCAAGGGAAUACAAUGCUUGUAAUUCUAGUCUCUAUUAGUUGCGUCUUUCUGGACGGAAUAUCUGCAGUUUGGUUUGAUAAUAGUAUCACUACUGAAGACCCAUCAGACAUAUCUACAAAUUCUGAAACUACGACUUACGAUUGGACGAUCGGACGAUAUGGUCAUAUCCCGAUACGCUUAAAUGGAGGAUCCCGAGGAUCACUUAUGCUUUACUACAACGGAAGAUGGGGUUAUGUUUGUUAUAGCUCUCACCAACGUGCAUACCAAUUUGACUCAGUUUGUCGCUAUCUUGGAUUCUCAUCAGCAUAUAGUAUAUCCCAAUACUAUGAAAGUAAACCAGCUAUAGUUAAAGAUUUUCUUUGUCCUGGAUAUUCCAAUAGCAAUGGCGUAGACGGUUGUACUGGACGCAACUUCGGAAGCAACACUUACUGCACUUACAAAUUAUACAUUGAAUGUGACUCCAGCCCAAUAACCACUGAGGAAUCAGUAACAACGUCUCUCUAUUCCGUUGAUACUAGUGGUUCAUAUACAAAUGUAAGGCUUGUUGGUGGUAAUUAUUAUUGGGAAGGACGUGUUGAGAUAUACCAUAAUGGAGCCUGGGGAACUAUUUGUGAUGACAACUUUGACACAAACGAAGCUAAAGUUAUAUGUACAAUGUUAGGAUACAACAGAUAUGGGAGCGUAACAGCAUAUGGGAGCGCGGCAUUUGGUGAAGGGCGCGGUUCAAUUAUGUUGGAUGACUUACAAUGCAAUGGAUAUGAGAGCGAUAUAUCGCAUUGUGCAUCAAAUGGAUGGAACCACCAUAAUUGUGGUCAUGGCGAAGAUGCAAGUGUUUCCUGUCGUUAUCCUAAAUCAGGAGGUAACUCGAUAACCACAUACUCGGUAACCACGGAGGAAUCAGCCACAACGCUUCAAUCCGUAGAAACUAGUGGUUCUUAUACAAAUGUAAGGCUAGUUGGUGGUAAUUAUUAUUGGGAAGGACGUGUUGAAAUAUACCACAAUGGAGUCUGGGGAACUAUUUGUGAUGACGACUUUGACACAAACGAAGCUAAAGUAAUUUGUACAAUGUUGGGAUACAACAGAUAUGGAAGCGUAACAGCAUAUGGAAAUGCUGCGUUUGGUGAGGGGAGUGGAUCAAUUAUGUUAGAUGACUUAAACUGUAAUGGAUAUGAAAGCGACAUAUCUCAGUGUUCACCAAGAAGAUGGAACCACCAUAAUUGUGGUCAUAGUGAAGACGCAAGUGUUUCCUGUCGUUACCCUAAAUCAGGAGGUAGAAAUGAAAUGACAACUGUCUCAUUCCUUGACAGAGCUACAACUGCUGACGUACUUGGAAGACAUGGGCACAUUUCAUUCCGCCUUACAAACGGUGGUUAUGGAUUGUUAGAAAUCUAUUAUAAAGGACGAUGGGGUUAUGUUUGUCACAACUAUAAUCAGCAAAGAGAAGAGUUUAAUUCUGCUUGUCGAUAUCUGGGAUAUUCAUCUGCUGUCAGAAUUAAUGGACAAUAUGACCGUUCCCAUUCUGCUAUAGUGACAGAUUUCCAUUGUCCUAGAAGUUACUACUACUAUUUUUUGUUUCCCAAUGGUAUAGAUGACUGUACUGGUAGUAGAUUAGGAUAUUCUAAUUACUGCAAUGAUAAACUCUACAUUGAAUGUGGUACAUAUGUGGACGCUACAACUGUUGAAUAUGAAGUUACAACUGCUGGCGUGCUUGGGACUCAUGGUCAUAUUCCCGUACGUUUAACAUAUGGUGGUGAAGGAUAUCUACAGAUCUACUACAAUGGACGCUGGGGUUAUGUAUGCCAUAACUCCAGUCAAUCUACAUACCAGUUUAAUUCUGUUUGCCGAUAUCUUGGAUAUUCAUCUGCUCAUUACGUAUAUGGUAGAUACGACAGUUCCCAUACUGCUCUUGUGACAGAUUUACAAUGUCCAGGGAGUUAUUAUUAUUAUUCCUCCUCCAAUGGUAUUGAUGAUUGCACAGGUGACAGAUUAGGAUACACUACUUACUGUAACGACAAACUCUAUAUACAAUGUGAUACAGUAACCACUGAGGAAACAGCCACAGUACCCUUUAAGACGGAAUCAACCAAUGCCAGACAUAUCACUGUAAACUGUCAGCAUAGUAGCUGGUAUGUUAAGGUCCACCUACCGCCAAUGGAACAACAGUAUUCAGAUUUUAAAGAGACUGAUAUCUACCUGGGCUCUCACAGUUGUACUGGAACUAGAUCUGGUGAUUACCUCAUUUUCAAUGAAGAUUAUACAACAUGCGGAACAAAUAAAAUUGCAUCUGCGAAUGGGGUUAUAUAUACAAACACGCUUGUUUACGCCGUGCACGAUCCAAACCAGCCAUACAUUGUCCACGAGUACAGGUUCCAGGUGAGUGUCGAAUGUGACAUGUCAAAACAGGAGUCAGGAGAAAAUAAUAUCAACAACAUCCAUGGGAAUUUAGAACAACAGACAAUUUCUGGUGUAGGACAUUUUGUCGUUCAACUGAAAUUCUUCAGUGAUUCAAACUUCCAACACGAGUUCAAUGGAUUCCCACCGUCAUACAUGGUUGGUCAGAAUGUGUACGUUAAGGCAACUACUCCAAUCCAUGACUAUAAUGUGAAAAUGAGGUUAUCAGACUGCUACACAAAGCCCAGUAAAUCAGCAAGUGAUUCGUACAUCUACUAUCUAAUAAAAAAUGGAUGUCCUGCGACACCUAGUGCGUUUAUAACUACCAAGUCUACACAUGAGACGAGAUUCCACUUCCAGGAUUUUGAGUAUGCCUUCCAUCCCGAUUCAAUGUAUGUUCAUUGCAAUGCCACGUUUUGUCAUAGCAAUGACUACUCACGUGACUGUGAGCCUCGUUGUAGCAACAGGAAGCGAGUCGGGAGUAUAGAUCAAGAUGAUGAACCCAUUGAAGGUGUUGGACCAAUUGGUUAUGCUGAAGAUGAAGCUACAGUUGUUUUUCAAAAAGGUACAGAGGCGUUACAUGCAGGAAAGAAACCGGAAGUAAAUAAUAAGGGAAACAACCCUGUGUACGUCGUUGGAGUCGUCGUUGUAGCAGUGUCAAUGGUGGCUGUUUCGGUUGUGAUGUCGAUAUACUUCAGAUCGAAGAGACGUCAAAAUGGACAAGCUAAAAUUGUGUAAACAAAUAAUUUGCGGCUCGUGAACUCAAAUCAUUGAAUUUGAGUAUUGACA